GGGAUACUGACACCGAGACAGCCGACACCGGGGUACGGACACCGCCGCCUCCAGCAUCACCGUCACCAUAAUCAUAACAACAACAGGCCGAGCGCUGCCUGCACCCCCUCCCCCAGUGACGGCCAUACCGAGACCCCCCAAUAACCAGGGAUAGCUCGUGACAGCCUUCCCUGGAGACACCCCCUGAUUGAGCUCUGCCUGGGGACCUCCAGCUAUCAGCGACAAUUUGUGACCGGGUUCUGCCUGGAGACCCCCAAUAAGCCGGGAUAGCUUGUGACAGCCCUGCACAUCCAGUGAACCCUCUCCAUUACUGAGCCCUCAAACAUGGAGCAGCUGCACAGCAACCUCCAGGUCCUGCUCCAAGCAGCGGAGUACGUGGAGCGGAGAGAGAGAGAAGCUGAACAUGGAUAUGCUUCUAUUCUACCAUGUGACGCCUCUACUCCUGGGAGAAGGAAACGGCAGAGGACGAACAGCAGUCCAGAUAGUGUCAGGUCUGUCCACAACGAGCUAGAGAAACACAGGAGAGCUCAGCUACGGAGGUGUUUGGAGCAGUUGAAGCAGCAAGUUCCACUCAGUGUGGACACAUCUCGGCACACAACGCUCAGCCUUCUGCACAGAGCCAAGCAGCACAUCAAGAAAUUGGAAGACCAGGAGUUAUCUGCAAAGAAACAAAAAGAAAAGCUGAAAUCAGAACAACAGAAACUCCGCCAGAGGUUAAAACUACUUCUUCCACCCACCAAUACUGAGCGUCUCCGAACAGACAGCCUGGACUCUUCAGUCUUGUCUUCCGAGCGCUCUGACUCUGACCAAGAAGAUUUGGAGGUAGACGUUGAGGGGAUUAUUCUCAGUGGGAACGAGGGUGACCUCUUUGUUUCGUUCAGUGCUGGCACAGAACACAGCUACUCUACUCCUGCUCAUGCAUGGCUAUGACAACAGAGGAAGAGCACAGACUUAAUACAGCAACUGAAAGCAGUUUUCAUGGCUAUGCCAGGAAAAAACAAAAAAGACGUGCAUUAUGACUUCAUACAUCACUCAAUGAUGUAGUCCUUUAUAUUUUAUGUGUAUCUCUUUUAGUUUUUAAACCACAGUGGAUUCUCCUGAAACUGAACUACUACUUCUCUUAAAUUUUCCCAAUAUGUUAUUUUCGUAAGAAACAAAAAAGCAGGUUUUAAUAUUGGAUUCCUACAUUUAUUUUUAGAUGAUGGGCUGGUGCAAUGGUGAGGACUGACCUGCUUUUGUCCAUACCGAACACAUAUUCUUGGGAUUUUAUUUAUUUAUUUUUUCCCUUCCUCCUUCUGUAAAGCUGUAUAACUGCACUGAUUGUCCAUGGUCUCUUCACUCCAGUAAAUGGUGAAAGAAAAGAAAAAAACUUCAGAACAAAAUCCAGGCCUUGUAAUAAAUGAUAGGUUAGGUAACAUGAGCUACAUUUACCCUGUUAUUUUAAGUGGCAACUCUUCACUCUAAUUUGUGCAUUGUAUAUUUUGCACAGGACCCAUGUGAUAUAUUUUGGGGUGUUUGGAAAUAAAAUGGCGCUGAUGCCCAGUAUUGAGCACUAAGCCGGUUUCUAGUUUGACCCCAGUUGUCCUAUUCAUUGUAUUUCAUUGAAAUAUUAAUUUAGGCUAGGGUCUCCACCAGUGAUUGAUUCCCUGUGCACUAGCUGUGUGGAAGAUUGCAUUUAGCUAAUUGUGCACUUGAUGGGGAAAAAAACAAAACUACAUUGUUUAUUUUAAGAUGGCACUUAUGUUAUAUGAAGUUUGACGUGUCACAAACUCAUUCUCUGCAAAGUUCUAUGCAAAAAAAAAAAACUCCCCUAAACUUUUGUGUUCUAGAAUUUAAUUUGUAAUUAUAGUUACAUCUAUAAUUACCUUGUCUCUGGAUAUUUACAUAGUGCAUUGCAGAUUAUUUAAUACUCUAAAGACUCUUUGUUGAAUUUUU